AUGGUCACCAACGGCCCCGCCGCCCGGCUUCCCCCCGCUUCCCCAGGCCCACCCUUUCCCGCCUCUUCCAAACGCACGUCAUAUCGACUCAACACAGCGUUCUUCCUGUUCGGUCUCCUCAACAACUCUCUCUACGUCGUGAUCCUCACCGCUGCAUUAGAGCUACUCCCGCAAGGUGUGCCUACGGGACUCGUCAGCUUUGCCAACAUCUUCCCCGCUCUCAUCGCCAAAGCUAUCUGGCCUUACCUGCUGCGAGGAGAGGUUCGUUACACGAAACGAGUAUGGAGCUGUGCAGCGUUGAGCUUUGCAGGGAUGCUGCUGGUAUCAUUCUUCCCGGCGCUGGUGAUGAGGCUGGUGGGGAUUUCGUUGGCGAGUUUCAGUUCGGGGUUGGGCGAGUUGACGUUUUUGCAGUUGAGUACGAGGUACGCUCCCAAGACUGAGGGGAGGAGGAGGAGGGAUGGGCUGAGUGCAGCGCAGAGAGCGGGUGCGGGGCUGGAGACGAAUUUUGCCGGGGACGCUGUAGGGUGGUUUGCGAGUGGAACGGGUGCGGCUGGGUUGGUAGGGGCGGCAGCUUGGUGGGUGGUCAGGCCGUUGGGAGUGCAGACGGGGAUGGCGAUCUUGAGUGUGCUGCCUGGAUUCAUGGUGCUGGCGUACGUGGCGAUCUUGCCUUCGGUCGAGCAGCUGUUGAAUCAAGACAAUGCGAAAGCUGCCGGAGAGUACGCACCCGUGUCGACCGAAGACGACACUGCGGAGAGGAAUUCGGAGGAUCGAGAAGCAGACGCCACCGUGGACGACGACGAAGGCCAAGAACACUCAACUACACCUCUCGCCUCGCCCCAGGACAUCAAGGUGCGGCUUUCGUUCCAAGAGAAGAUGUCGCUGCUCAAACCGAUGCUGCAGCCCUACAUCAUUCCCCUCGUCAUCGUCUACGCCAUGGAGUACACCAUCAACCAAGGCAUCGCACCAACGCUCAUCUAUCCCCUCCCCACGCCCUCAACCCAUCCUCUGCUCUCGCACAUCAUCCGCAAGUUGACCGACUACUAUCCGCUCUACCAGCUCGUCUACCAGACCUUCGUCUUUCUCUCCCGAUCCUCGAUCUCGAUCUUCAAGCUUCCGGCGAUCCCACGACACCUGCUGUGGCUACCAGCGGUAUUGCAGACGACGCUGUUGGUGGUUUUGAUGACGGAGAGUCUGUAUGCGUGGUUCAGGGCGAGUAUCGCGAGUCCGUUGGUGAUCGUCUUGAUAUGUGUCGAGGGGUUGGCGGGUGGGUCGGCGUACGUCAGUGUGUUCUAUAGUAUUGGUGUUGAUGAAGAGUCGAAGCAGGGGAUUGUGUUGCCAGCAACGGCGGAGGGCGAAGGAAAUGGAGAGGACGGAGAGGCGGAUGAGGCGUAUAGACUGGCCAAGAAGGCUCAGGAACACGAAUUCAGGAUCGGCUGCGUUGGCUUCGGCGACAGCUUGGGCAUCCUUGCAGCUAGCCUGAUCAGCAUGCCGCUCCAAGUGUCACUCUGCAACGCUCAAUGUGAUGUGUGCCAGUCAAAUCUGAUUCCUCGAGAGUGCAUCGAGUCCAUCUUCGUGAGGAUCUAA